UUUGAAAAAUGAAAAAAGAAACACAAAACUCCGCGAAAAUUGAUAAAAUUUGAGCUAAAUUUCUGAAAAAUAUGCUCGUAUUUUCUCUAAAAUUAAGAUCUCAAGAUGAAAUUAACACUCAUUCUACUGUUUCUUUUAUUGAGCCAAGUUUCCGGCGAACUUUUCACUAUCGGAGCGACGUUUUUGGCCGGUGCUGUCAUAUCCUAUUUCUACAGCAACAGUGAUUCAUUCGGAGAUCAAGCGAAAUCGCUUGUAUGUAAAUCUGGAGUAGCAUAUUAUGGCGAUAAAUACAUCGAGUGCUGUAACGAUCCUUGGGUCGAACCUGAUAUCAGUGGUUUACGUUACGAUUUGGAAAACUACUUAUUCGGACAACACAUCGCUAAAGAAAUGAUACCUUCUGCCAUAGCUGCCAGUAGGAAAGAAAUUAGUCCUUCGAAACCUCUCGUGAUGAGUUUCCACGGCUGGCCUGGCAAUGGCAAAAACUAUGUAGCUUCUUUCAUAGCGAAAAACUACUUUCAACAUGGAGCUGAUAGUAAUUACUUUCAUUUAUUCAGCGGUCGUAAAGAUUUCAGCGUCGAAAGAGAUGUUAAUUUGUACAAAAGACAACUGUCGAAUUGGGUUAGAGGUAAUGUGACAUUGUGCAAGUACUCUGUAUUCGUAUUCGAUGAAGUUGACAAGAUGCCUUUCCAAGUCUUAGACAUACUGAAACCUUUUUUAGAUCAUCAUAAUCAUUAUCAAAGAGUCGAUUACAGGCGAUCAAUAUUCAUAUUUUUAUCAAAUACCGGUGGCAAUCUGAUAACCGAACGAUAUCUGGAAUUAUGGAGAAAAUAUGGCAAAUCCAGAGAGCAAAUGACAUUAAACGAUUUCGAUAGCGUUAUUGGCAGAGGUGCAUUUAAUGAAGAAGGCGGAUUACAAAAAAGUGAAUUAAUUGAACAUAAUUUGAUCGAUCAUUACAUUCCAUUCCUGCCAUUGGAAAAAAGCCACGUUGAAAUGUGUAUAAAGGCUGAACUAGACAAACAUGGAUUUGGUCAUAAGAAAGAAAUCUUCGACGAAGUAAUGCAAGUCGUCACUUUCGGUCCGAAACCAGAAAAUCUCUUUUCUAGUGCAGGUUGUAAAAGAGUAAGCCAGCAAGUAGCCACCAUAGUUGAACGUGAACGCUUCAGGAGUAGAUAUCGGAGUAAAGAGUUAUAAAUGUGUUACCCUAAAAAUCUGUGAUAUUCAGUUUUGAUAUUUUGUUUGUACUUUGUAAGUACUAUACCUACCGGUGAUUAUGAUGAUGAUGCUACGAAAACACAUCAUCGAAUAUGAUCUAGCUCAGUGUUCCAACAUUCCUAUUAUUGUUAUAAACGUCUCCAUGUCUCUUUCUCAUUAUUUUAAGUUUAAAAAUGUAUUUUAAAUUGAGUAGAUUUCUAUCUGAAAAAAUGUAAAUAUAAAAUAUUUAUCGCGU